AGGAGGGGGAGAAGUUAGCCGUGUUAAAGUUUUUGUUGUUCGUCUGGGUUGCAGGCGUGCAGCGUCGUUUUGUGUUAGUUUUACAUCAAUCGAUAUAAUCGAUGAUUGGGAAUGUUAGUAUACCAGUGACCAACAUAGCGGUGUGCCGAACAACAGAAUAUAGCGUACCUGAUGUUGAUAUACCAGUUUCCACCGAGACUCCUUCUGAUUCUAACUAGUUUGGGAAAGCUCGACUUGAAAAUAUACCAAGUGAAAUGACGUGAAAUCUUGAAAUCGGAAGAACAACAUAAUGAGAUGAUGGCUGGCGCUAAAGGGUUUAGUAGCGACUUCGCUAGCGGCCAUGAUCGAUGGCUUGCUCUGCAACAGGUCAGCCAGAAGAUACUGAGUCGAGCUGGUACUCUCAACACCAUGGAAGAUCGUGAGCUUGAACGGGUCACAAGACAGUUAAAAUUCAAAGAGAACCUCAAACAAUCACAGUAUGACAUAACGGAGAAACAACUGAAAUCAAACUUAAAAGAUCACUUUCUCUACAACACCGCUUUGCAAGAAAGCGUCCGCGCAAAGAACAAAUCUCGCAAACGCCAAGCAUUCUUACCCAGUAUUCCGCCAACCGCAGAGAUGAGGCCGUUUGGUCGUUACAGUGGACGAACCCAUUCCAGAAUGACGUCAGCCAUGAAUCGUCUUGAUCACAAGUUCUCGCAUAAGGAAGAGGAAAAAACGGCCAAGUUGGUCGUCGAGUGUCGGACAGAGAGUGAUGUCAAUAUCAACAGGAGUCUAACCACAGAACAGAUUCUGACUGCUAAAGACAUGCCACUUUCGGAGAGACUCACUUUUGAAAGCGUGACCAGGUUUCGAGAACUGAUUGGAAAAGCUAAAGCACAAGCGGUCUUGGACAGACUACGGAAGCGAAUAGCGGAAAGGAAGGAGAGGGAGAAAGGAAUGAAAGUUCUGAAAAAAUCGAAGGGUCUUUUUCAAACGGAGACAACACAUUUCACCUAGAAGAUAGUAUUCCUAAGCCCCGCUUCACUUCACGUUCCAUAUCCACAGCGCAACAAGAAAGAAUCAGAAUCAAUAGCUAGAAGGGGUAUUGUUUUUUUAACUGUGUGAGAUUCAUGAAGGAAUCUCACAUCGGAACUAAAAUUCUUAACAGCUUUGCAAGAAUGCCAUGCAUUUUCACCAUUUGGUACCAGGUGACAAUUUGAAUGCCGUUCGAAUUGUAGUCGAAACAUCUGGAAUGUAGUAUGAAUAGGAAUAGCCAGAGGAGUAUUUCAUAAAUAUCUGAAAAUUUGUCAGAUCUGAUGACUUUCCUUGAUUCUGAUCGGCUGAGCAGCACUGUUACUAUGGCAACUGUCGGAGAAAACAGGACUUUCAUAAAACGAUGCCCCGAAUACCAAGAGGAUGAAUCCAUGCUAGAAAAAUCAGCCAUUUUCACAACAUUUUUCAACCUG